UUUACAUCCGGCGAGGUACACGUUGAACGGAAACCAGUGUCAUGUCACGUCAAAAAAUAUCAUAACAAUCUCAGAGUUACAGAAACAUGACGCCGUCGAAUUGAGACUAUUUACAGAAGUCCAAACGACGGUGGUAGACUUUAAAUAAAGAUGGCGGGUGGAGAAGGUAUGGAAACGGGUUCUAGACACCCUGUGAAAAUCUUCGCCAAUAUUUUCAUUUCGUUUAUUGGCGCUGGUGUUCUUGGACUUCCUUUCGCUUUUAAAGAGGCUGGAAUUUUGGAAGGGAUCUUUGUGAUGACCAGUGUGGGGAUUCUAAGUGUAAAGGCUAUGAUGCUGAUAGUGGACUGUAAAUACAAGCUUCUACAAGACAAGAAAGUGGAUGAACAUCGUGACAGAAAGCACAGGAAAUACAAAGAAAAAGAGAUGAAUGAUGACGGACUGGCAGAAAAAGUGGAAAUUGUCAACCUGCUGAGUGGAGACCAGGAGAUUCUGCCACAGACUGAAGAACACAAGCCUGAAAUGUCUUAUGGUGAUGUGGGAUAUUAUGCCAUCGGCCAUUCUGGAAGGGUGCUGGUUGAUGUCGCCAUUCUAGUUUCCCAAACUGGAUUUUGCUGUGCCUAUUUGAUCUUCAUUACAGAAAAUUUAUCAGACUACAUGCGUCAUAUGAGACUUAUCCACUGGCUCCUGGUGUUGUUACCACCUCUGUGCCUUUUGACGUUCAUCAGACACUUAGGUAGUCUAGCCAUCAACAGCUUGAUGGCCCAGUGCUCUAACCUCUUGGCCUUUGCAGUUGUUAUCUGGUUUGAUUUUGAUCAUCUCCACAAAAUAGAGCGUGGGAUCCAUCCAAAGAAAAUCUCCCUAAAUGGCUUGCCUUUUUUCCUGGCCAUUUCAAUAUAUUGUUAUGAAGGUGCAGGUAUGAUUUUAUCAUUAGAAAGCUCUUUAGCAGAAGAUGUACGACAUUCAUUUAAAAAGUAUUUUAUUAGUACUAUGGUUAUAGUAACAAGUAUGUAUAUAUCCUUUGGAGCCUGUGGCUAUCUGUCUUUUGGUAAAGAAACCAAUGAAAUAAUAACACUGAAUCUUCCAAAAGGAGAUUCCAUAGACUUCGCUAUGAUUGUCAAGUCCUGUCUGUGCCUUGCUUUGUUCUUUACUUAUCCAGUGAUGAUGUUUCCAGUGAUGAAAAUACUUGAAGGCUACUUAUUUGUUAAUGUAGAAAAACAGAUAUGGAAGGGGAAUGCACUUCGUCUGUUCAUGGUGCUAGUGACUGGUUUGACCGUGACAAUCAUCCCUAACUUUGCCAACCUGAUGGCUCUUGUAGGCGCCACUUGUUGUACCCUGUUAGCCUUCAUCCUUCCAGGCCUGUUCCACUUGUCCAUCUUCAAAGGGUCCCUGUCUAUUGGUCAGGUUGUGAUGGACUGGACUCUUAUAUUCAUAGGAACUGUAGGGACCAUUGUAUGCACGGUUGAUGCACUGAAGCGUCUACAGGAGUCGCACGAGUUAAAGUUAGAGGACUUCACUGCGUCUAACAUGACUAGUACCACACUCCAUACCCUUCUCCAUCCUGUGUCCCCCUCGCCAUAGUCAAACAAACCUUCUACGUAUAUUUCAAUGAUAUAUUUAGUACAAAUAAUAUGUAUUUAAAUGUAAUGUUGAAGGCUCACAGUGUUAAUCAUUAAACACAAAGACUCUACAUUUAACACUUAUUUAUAAGGAACUUCUGGGACCUGAGGAAUUAGUUCACUGAAUUCAUUUUGAUUGAUGAGACCUCUCCUUUUUGGGAUACACAUCAGACUUGGUGAUUAGCAGCUAUUUGCAAAAUUAGUAUCAUAUUAAACACUAUAUUUUAUUGUUAUAGUUAUUAAUGGUUCAGAGGGUUUAUUUUACCGAGUCAUUCAUUUUCUACAUGGCAUAUAUUGUACAUGGUAUAUAUUUCAUGUGAUAUACACGGUAUUUUAUUCUGAAGGAAGUAGUUUUGUAUGACUUAAGGGGAAAACGGCAUAAAAAUUGUUCAUAAUCAAAGAACAAUGGAUAAUAUACUAUGGCUGCUGUGCAGUGUAAUAAGACCAUUAUGUACAUUUUUUAUAUAUAUAGAUAUAUGACGAAAAGGUUUAAUAUAUGAAACAUCACAAAUAAUACCGACCAAUUAAAAGUCCACAACAAAACAUAAUGUGUAGCAGUACCUCUUACACACUUUGGUUUAAUUCUAAAAAAAAGGGAAUAUCAAACUCAUUACCAUUCCAUCUGACCUUCUCAAACAUUUGAAGAUUGUUUAAAUAGCCAUUAUAAUGGGAACUGGUCAAAGAUCCUUGGUAUAUUUUAUUUCUUUGUAAAAUCUUAUCUGAAUUAUUACAACCGUACUGGUUGUAAUAAUUCAGAUAAGAUUUUACAAAGAAAUAAAAUAUACCAAGGAUCUUUGACCAGUUCCCAUUAUAAUGGCUAUUUAAACAAUCUUCAAAUGUUUGAGAAGGUCAGAUGGAAUGGUAAUGAGUUUGAUAUUCCCUUUUUUUUAGAAUUAAAUAUAAAUAUGGUGAAUAACAAAGCAAUGCUUAUUACCAUUACCCGAGUAUGUAACAUUGUCUUUAAGUUGCCAUUUAUUUUUAUUGUGCUAUGUGGUUGUUAACAGACAUAUAAAGGUUUUCAAGUUAACCUUUUUUAUAAGCUGAUGUUUGAAAUUAUAGAUAUAAAAUAUCUUGUUAUAAUUGUAAGUAAAUGAUUAUUUUUUUUAGUACUGAAAAAAUAAAUUAAAAUUAUAUAAAAAUGGUCUAUUUUCCAAAUGUGAUGUUAAGACAUCUAAAACUUAAGUUGUGACUCAUCAGUGGGUCAAACCAUACUUAGUAAUUGAUUUCCGACUUGCAUAAAAUGAUGAUAUUAGAUGGAGGUCAGUUGGCCUGUUGAUGUUAAUCUCUUCCAGAUCACUGUUUUAAAGGUCACAGAUGUGUUUGCUAACUGCAUUGAAUGAUAGGUUAACGAUACAGGCAUAAUGGGCCUCUUAUAGGUGAAAUCCACAGAUGUUUAUCUCGUGGACGUAUAUUUACUUGACACACAUUGAUAAAUUAUUUCUUUUGAAAUUUACAAUAUUUUUCUUUGGAACAGUGUUAAGAAUUUGUAGAAAAUAACAUACACUACUAAUUUGUAAGCAUGAGGCAAUGAAACAACUCAGAUUAAGGAUUACAUUUACUUUCAAAGUUAUGUAUUUUUUAUAACAUAUUGCACAAGGUGUUACCGUGUUUUGUUUCACAAAAUGCAUGUGUCUUAAAUAGUGGCAAAAUCAGCUGGCUGUCUGUCACGUUCUUUAAUUAACAAAACAUAUUCAUUGGUGCUCCUUUGAUGUAACAAAAAUAAAUGAAUGUGUUCCGAGAUAUCUUUUCUUUCCGAAAAUUAAGAAUAUUUUAUUCUUUCUUCGUCCCUCUGACAAAAAAGACCUGGUAUCUACUAUUAGGUAUCAUUAAGCGAUAUCUUGUUAUUCUGUUCAUAGAACUUAAAUUUAAGUCAUUAUACAUUUUAUUUUGUGAAAGUUACAACCAUGAGUGAUCAUGCUUUAAUUAUUUAUUCACUAUUGAUUUCAUAUAUAUUUAUCUUUGUUUUAACAAAGAACGUGGAUGUUUUUCAUUAGUACUUAUAUAUAGUAUUAUGCUUCAUGAUAUCUUCUGGUUUUAGAUUAUUUUACGAAACAUGAAGAUGUUAUAUAGUUUUUGGGACCAAAUUGUAAAUGACAAUAUGAUUAUAUUAUUUCAAAAGGUAAAGAACUGAUUUUAAAUAUAUCUUGUUUUAGGUUUAAAAGGAUUUAUGGCAAUUGAUUCAAGCUACUCAUCCUUAUGACACAUUUUGAAUCAUUCACAUUAAUUUACUGAUAAUGUAAAUCUUUUUAAGUGCUCAUAAUGCAAAAUAUAAGAAUAUUGUGUACCUUGAAAUAAAUCUAGCUUAAAAGUACAGAGAUAAAUGAAAACUGGGAUUAUGAAAAUCCGGUUUUUCACAAGGAUUGAUCCUUUGAAACUAAAGUCUGAAAAAUUUGGUUUUCAACGUUAAGGUAAAGGGAACUGAGAGCUUUUAUUUAAACUUUGAGUUAUCUCCCUUCUAUAUAGAAGAUAAAGAGUAAUCUCCCUUCUAUAUAGAAGAUAAGGAGUAAUCUCCCUUCUAUAUAGAAGAUCAGCAACCAAAAGGGAGGUUCUCCGGCUGAGAGUAGGGCUGAGAGUAACUUCCCCUGCUGAGUGUUUCAUAGACUUCGUGGCCCAUUGGACACUCAUUUUGAUACUAUGCAAAUGUAAUUUCUAAAUGCCAACUUUGAUAAAUUGAAGGCUUUGUAGGAUCCCGAGUUUGACUACUGUUUUUUCUGUGUUUUCUUUUUAAUUACUAUUUUUAAUCCUUUAAAUUUUGGACAACCAUAGUUCUGUAAAAAAAACUUGUGACAUGUAAUUUUUAAAGAAAAAUAUUUUUGAAAAAGGCUUCCAUCAAUUAUUUUCCAAUAAUCACAAUGGUAAUAAUAUAGAUUAAUUUCUUGGUAGCUUUUACCUUAACGUUUGAGAACAGUUAAUUUCAGUCAAAUUGUACAUCAAUUUUGUAUUGGAAUAUUACUUUCUCUAGCCUUUGUUAGUCUAUAAGUGUACAUGCAGUACAAUGAGUAGGUUCAUAUUUUUUUAUUUACUUAAGAUCUAAUGCCAAAAUCCUGUGAUAUAUGAUAUUAAAUCUUGAUUAUGUAAUAUAGAUGAGAUUUUGAAACUACUUACAGGUAGUAGAUUGACUAUCAUGCCAUUAUUGUUUCAUUGGGUGAAAGGUUUAUAUAGGUUUAUUGAAUCUCUGAUGAUUGUCGUGUGAUUGAUUACAGGGUAUUGUGUUUCCUUUCUUUGUGUACAUACAAACACCUCAGUACAGCUAACAUGACACAAAGUCCUUUAUAUAUCUCUAUAGCCUACCGACUUUCCACAAUUAAGGAAAAGGCUUGAAAACCCGAAACGGUAAUAGAAAUUUGCAUUAACUCAUUCACCCCUGAAGACACAUUUGAACUCCUCCAAUUCAAAGAUUGGAUUAGUUCAUUAUGAAAUUUCAGGGGUGAAUGAAUUAACUUCCUAUUAUACUGUUUACUAUUUCUAAUGUAUAUCCUGUUUUAACACGACAAAUCUACAUGUGAUAACUGAAAAUAUUAUGAAUUUUGUAAAGUAUUCUUGUAAGGUCUUGGUUUAACUGUCAUUUGGAGCUGUAAUAUAUGAGAAAUAGUUGUAAUAUUUUUAUCCUAACCAUAACGACAUGAGUGUACAUUAUUUGUUUAUUUGUUUUAUUCAUAAGGUAUCGAAAAUUUAAGGUGGCCUGUAUGCGUCAAAGAUCUAAGAUGGCCAAUAUUACAUGUAUAUAUCUUUUUGGUAGUUUAGAGAAACUUGUUUUAUUGAGACAAACGUUACAGAAAAUGUAUCCAACCAUCGGUACUACUACUAGUGAGAAAUCAAAGAUAUUAUUAGCAGCUUUAAUUCAUCACAGUUACAAUAGACAGUGUAUGUGAGAUAUGUUUCUGUUUUUGACAAAUUACCAAAGCUUUGCAUCUUCUCUUAACAUCAUGGUUGUAAUCACAGACAUAUUCCAAGUAAUACAAAAAUGUGGCUGAUUGGUAGUGCUUUAUUAUAAUUCCACCGCUAGAAAAGGAUAGCCAGCAGGUCCAGGUCAUAGCUGCACCAUAAUCUGGACACAAUGAAGAGAAAGCUAUAAUAGGGGUAUAAUGAAACAUCUUUGAAUGGAAAUCAAAUGCAAAAAAAAAAUGGAUAUUAAAAUCCUGAAAUAAUCAGUUUUCAUUACGAGAAAAUCUCAUUGUUCCAGAAUUAUUAUAAGAAACAGAAGUGUCCAGCCUCAGUAACUUCUACAAGUUAUGAUCCCCGACUUGCACAAACCAAGGUUAUAAGGGUUUUAACCUGGUAUAUGGUAUGCUAUGUGAGCACCGUUAUGUUUGUUUUGCUGUAUUUAUUUAUUGGGACUCCGUAUAUAUAUUAUAUAUUUAUAGUAUUAACCAUAGUGUCUUUGAAUAUAAAAUGAAACUGUAUUUUAUUGACAAAGUGUUUGGCGUACUGUGUACGUAUUAAAUCACAAUAUAAUUGUAUAUGUUUUGUGUAUGUGACAUAGGCCAUUGUACUUAUUCUGUUGUAUUUGCAGGGUAAUAUGAUUGUUGAAUAUGUCCAUCAAUGUAAUUAUGCAUACUGCUACAUCAUCACUACAGAAGAAGAAAAAAUCAGAUUGAUUUGAAAACAUGUAUAGUAUUAUUUUUUUUUAAAUUAAGUAGCUACACGCAAGUACAUGAAACUGCAGUCUGAUUUUAUCGGGUGAAGUGUGAUACUAAUCUUUCACCUAAACAUGACAUCAGUAAUAUGUUAUGAGCUUUGUGCUUGCCUGAUAUGUGUGGUAUUACGAAAAACAUGAAAUUCACUAAUACCAAAUUGAAAAAAAAUGAAAUGGACAACGAAAUUUGAAAGACUGAGAAUGGACGUAUUUUUGUAGUGUUGUUUUAUCAUGUAAUUGAUGGGAUUUGUAACCGAUGGUGUUCUCUGUGUCAUGUGUUACACUCUAAACCACUGGUGUUCUCACAGGAUACACCAUGUCAUAUUUUUGACAAUCAGUGUUCAUAAAACAGAUAUCAAUUCAGUAGAACAUCAGCCAGUAUCAGAUCACACGGCGGUUCACCGAUUAACUAGAGGAGAAGAUAAAACAAAAUAGACACAUUAGCUACGUCAUCAAUACAUGUUAUAUUGGACGUAAAACUUGUUAUUUUCAGUAAGAUCAAGGCUCAAUUGCUCAGAAGUUGAUGAGCUUAAUCAUUGUUUAACGACAUUUUUCGACCUCUAAUAAUUCCGUCUAUGUACCGUGUAAAAUCUUGUAAUUUUGCAGGUAACUUUUUUUUGUCAAUAUAUUACUAUUAAAGUUUAAAAUAAAGUAAUGGUUGUAUUUUAAAUGUACAAGAAAAGGAUAUUUUGCACUAAUCACUGAUCAAACCUGUCACCUUUUGAACAACCAGGUCUAUGCUGUUUGAAUGUGACCAGGUCGUGUUGACUUUGUAACCCGAUUGUAAGGUAACCUUAACGGAUCUGUCAUGUGGUCGUUUUAAUGUUAAUAGGUCGUUGUUGUUGGAUUUUGAUAUGACCUGGUUGUUGUGUCCAAAAGAUCGAUGGGUGCAGGUAAACAAUAAUGCAGUUUACAUCUAAUUAAAAUGGUAUUGACCUCACUGUGAACUAUCAUAACAUCAUUUUCAAGGUAAAUUCGUUUUACAUCGUUUAAUCGUUUAAGCCUGGUGUACCCUCGCACUGUACCCUUAAUAAGAUGGUUUACUCUCACACUGUACCCUAAAUAAGAUGGUUUACCCUCACACUGUACCCUAAAUAAGAUGGUUUACCCUCACAUUGUACUCU